CCCAGAAUGGCGGUGGAGGAAGAAGGGCUCCGGGUCUUCCAGAGCGUGAAGAUCAAGAUCGGUGAAGCCAAAAACCUUCCCAUGUACCCGGGGCCAAACAAGAUGCGAGAUUGCUACUGCACCGUGAACCUGGACCAGGAGGAGGUUUUCAGGACCAAAAUUGUGGAGAAGUCGCUCUGCCCCUUCUAUGGAGAAGACUUCUACUGUGAAAUUCCUCGGAGUUUUCGGCACCUGUCGUUUUACAUUUUCGAUAGAGAUGUUUUCCGGAGGGAUUCCAUCAUAGGGAAGGUGGCCAUUCAGAAGGAGGACCUGCCCAAGUACCACAACAGGGACACAUGGUUCCAGCUGCAGCACGUGGACGCGGACUCGGAAGUGCAGGGCAAGGUCCACCUGGAGCUGAGGCUGAGCGAGGUCAUCACCGACACGGGCGCCGUCUGCCACAAGCUGGCCACGCGCAUCUUCGAGUGCCAAGGCCUUCCCAUCGUGAAUGGGCAGUGUGACCCCUACGCCACCGUGGCCCUGGAAGGACCGUGCAGAUCGGAAGCGAAGAAGACAAAGGUGAAGAAGAAGACCAACAACCCCCAGUUCGACGAAGUGUUUUAUUUUGAGGUGACCAGACCCUGCAGCUACAGCCGGAAAUCCCACUUUGACUUUGAGGAGGAAGACGUGGACAAACUUGAAAUCCGAGUUGACCUCUGGAAUGCCAGCAACUUGAAAUUUGGAGAUGAGUUUCUGGGAGAACUCCGGGUCCCGCUGAACGUGCUGCGACAGUCCAGCUCUCACGACGCCUGGUACUUCCUUCAGCCCCGAGACAACGGCAGCAAGACCCUGAAGCCGGGGGACUUGGGGUCCCUGCGGCUGAACGUGGUCUACACUGAAGACCACGUCUUCUCCUCCGACUACUACUGCUCGCUGCGGGACCUGCUGUUGGAGUCUGCGGAUGUGGAGCCCGUGUCGGCAUCCGCAGCACACAUCCUGGGCGAGGUGUGCAGGGAGAAGCAGGAGGCCGCCGUCCCACUGGUGAGGCUCUUCCUGCACUACGGCAGGGUCGUGCCCUUCAUCAGCGCCAUUGCCAACGCCGAGGUCCGGAGGACCCAGGACCCCAACACCAUCUUCCGAGGAAACUCGCUGACGUCCAAGUGCAUCGACGAGACAAUGAAGCUCGCAGGGAUGCACUACCUGCACGUGACCCUGAAGCCCACCAUAGAGGAGAUAUGCCAGAGCCACAAAUCCUGUGAAAUUGACCCUGUGAAGCUAAAAGAUGGAGAAAACCUCGAGAACAACAUGGAGAAUCUGCGGCAGUACGUUGACCGCAUCUUCAGCGUCAUCACCAAGUCGGGAGUGAGCUGCCCUACUGUCAUGUGUGACAUUUUCUUCUCUCUCCGGGAGGCGGCGGCCAAGCGCUUCCAGGAUGACCUGGACGUGAGGUACACCGCUGUGAGCAGCUUCAUCUUCCUGAGGUUUUUCGCUCCUGCCAUCCUGUCCCCCAACCUCUUCCAGCUCACGCCUCACCACACGGACCCACAGACGUCGCGGACGCUGACGCUCAUCUCCAAGACCAUUCAGACGCUUGGCAGCUUGUCCAAGUCAAAGUCUGCCAGUUUUAAGGAAUCCUACAUGGCUGCGUUUUAUGAAUUCUUCAACGAGCAAAAAUAUGCUGAUGCAGUAAAAAACUUCUUGGAUUUGAUCUCGUCUUCUGGGAGAAGAGACCCCAAGAGCAUAGAGCAGCCCAUCCUGCUUAAGGAAGGAUUCAUGAUUAAGAGGGCGCAAGGACGGAAACGCUUUGGGAUGAAGAAUUUUAAGAAAAGAUGGUUCCGCCUGACCAACCACGAAUUUACCUACCAGAAAAGCAAAGGAGACCAGCCCCUGUGCAGCAUUCCCAUAGAGAACAUUCUGGCAGUGGAGAGACUGGAGGAAGAGUCCUUCAAGAUGAAGAACAUGUUCCAGGUCAUCCAGCCCGAGAGAGCUCUGUACAUCCAGGCCAACAACUGUGUGGAGGCCAAGGCCUGGAUCGACAUCCUCACCAAAGUGAGCCAGUGCAACAAGAAGCGCCUCACUGUCUACCACCCCUCCGCCUACCUGAACGGCCACUGGCUCUGCUGCAGGGCAUCCUCGGACACGGCUCCAGGCUGCUCCCCCUGCACCGGUGGCCUCCCGGCGAACAUCCAGCUGGACAUUGAUGGGGACCGAGAGACGGAGCGCAUCUACUCCCUCUUCAACUCCUACAUGAGCAAACUGGAGAAAAUGCAGGAGGCCUGUGGGAGCAGAUCUGUGUACGACGGCCCAGAGCAGGAGGAGUACUCCACGUUCAUCAUCGACGACCCCCAGGAGACCUACAAGACUCUGAAGCAGGUCAUCGCCGGGGUAGGAGCCCUGGAACAGGAGCACGCCCAGUACAAAAGGGACAAGUUCAAAAAGACCAAAUACGGGAGCCAGGAGCACCCCAUCGGAGACAAGAGCUUCCAGAGCUACAUCAGGCAGCAGUCUGAGACCUCCACCCAUUCCAUUUGAAGCCUGCGGUCUGUCCUGUCCAGGAUGGCCCUGCCGCUGCCCACGAGAGCCGCAGGCUCCGAAGGAGGGGACAGAGGAAAGACGGGAGGGCGGAGCCGGCAGGGAAAGGGACCCACACUCUUCAGCUCACGCAGACGGCGCGCUCUGGGCUCAGGCGCCUGAGGAGACUCUGCAGGGCCCUGUGUGUGGCCGUCGUGCACUCUGCUCACCCUGGUGGCCGGCAGCGGCGGGCCUUCCUGGAGCAGGUGCCGCGCCCCCCGCAGCACCGCCUCCGUCUCCGUGCGCUCUCGCCUGCAGGCCCUGC